GAGGCGGAGCUCGCCGGCGAGCUCGGCGCCGCCGCGCGGGGGAGCCGCGCCCACGGCCCAGGAGGAGCAGACCGCCGGGCAGACCGCGGGCCCGUUGUCGGCGCUGCCCAUGGGCGUCUUCAGAACCGCGACCAAGAAUCUCCGGAAUUACGAGGCGGAGCUGUCGUGGUCCGCCCGGCUGAUACAGCAGAAUUGGCGGAGGCGCGGGCAGCUGAGAGUGGACGUCCCCAGGCACUCGUGCUCGGAGCAGCCCGUCAGCGCCAACGCGAUGCGCAGCAAGGAGUUCAGCGCCCCCGCCCACUUCGGCGAGGCGUGCCUGUGGGUCCCAGUGCACGAGUGGGACACGACAGUGCAUAAGUUCACCUACUCCGCCAAGUGCGAGACGCAGGUCGAGGUCGUCUACCUCAAGCGCAGGGUCGUCAAGGAAAUCAUGGACAUCUACUCACCGUGGCUCGAGGACCGCUUUGAGGUGUUCCGCAAGGGCGUGGUGAGGUCGCUGGCCGCGACGGAGGCGUCGGGCCGCCGGGGCUCCACGACCGCCGAGGAGCCGGGGAGCAGCGAGGGCGAGGACGAGUGCGCUGACAGCACCGACGAUCCGCCGCCGGCCACGGCGGGCAAGGAGGCAACACAGAAUGCCGUGGUUGGCGCCGCGAAUCGCUUGAGAUGCUU